GGAGUAGCUUCGAAGGAGACGCCGACUCAACGUGGCGCAGGGCACAGGCAGCAAGAAUAGGACCGGUGUUUUGGCAUGCGGCACCGCAUGGUCUGAACAGUACGUCCAACAUAUUGGAGCUUACAACUACAGUUUAAACCCCAUCUCUUUACAAGACCGGCAGCUGAGAGUGACAUGCGGACUACAUCUACCAUGAUAGCGUUCUGCUGCUGCGGCCUGUCCGCUAUCCUUAUGGCACACUGUGCUGCAGGAGAAAUCCAAAUUUGCCCAUCAAAGCAACAUGUUACCACCGAUGUCGGGGGCACCGCUGUCCUGUCUUGUCGCAUCUGGCACGGAACGUCUACGGAUAACCUCUCCGUGGUUUGGAAAAAGACGACUGGUGGAGCAGAGGAUAUUGUGGUGCAUAACCAAAAUGUAGGCAACACCUCUAACAAUCAGGGGGCAGCGUAUUUACAUAGGACUGCAAUGUAUGAGGACUGGUUCUCGCGCAGAGAUGCUACCCUGAAUGUGACUGGGAUCGGAGCAGAGGAUGCUGGGGAAUACAGCUGCUGCAUUAUACGGGGGCCACCAAGCCUAACAACUAUGUACAGUUGCUGCACCACAACACUGGAUGUAAGGGAGUGGAAAGGUGACAUUAAACAGGUUGUGGUGGUUUGGAGCCUUUACAUCAUUUCCCUCGCUGGUUGUGUUUUUGUUCUGCACAGAUGCAGACGGCAGACGGCAGAUCCCGAUGAGAAGCCAUAACUAUCUGCAGAGACAUUUCACCAGCUUUGUGUGUUAUAUAAUCAGUAGGAGAUGCUGAGAACUUAAGCUUUUAUGGCUAUGAAGCUUUUAAGUAGCUUUUUUAUGUACUGUACAAGGGGUCCUCUACCCAUUUACUGUAUAACAGUGCCAUCCUUUUAGUUCCACCAAGACCCAGUUGCAAAUACUACCACUGGUACAUCCCUGGUGGUCUAGAGCAGUGAAUUGACGUAUACCUACAUCCCUGGUGGUCUAGAGUAGUGACUUGAUUUAUACUAACAUCCCUGGUGGUCUAGGACAGUGACUUGACUUAUACCUACAUCCCUGGUGGUCUAGGGCAGUGACUUGUCUUAUACCUACAUCCCUGGUGGUCUAAGACAGUGAAUUGAUACCUACAUCCCUGGGGGUCUAGGGCAGUGACUUGAUUUAUACCUACAUCCCUGGUGGUCUAGGACAGUGACUUGUCUUAUACCUACAUCCCUGGUGGUCUAGGACAGUGACUUGUCUUAUACCUACAUCCCUGGUGGUCAAGGACAGUGACUUGACACCAACAUCCCUGGUGGUCUAGGGCAGUGACUUAAUUUAUACCUACAUUCCUGAAUUUUUACCUGAGUGUACACAGUGAGGCGCAGUAUAACCUAUAUCUAUCAUUUCAGGCCAAUUUGACAAAAAAAAUAAAUCAAAAGAAUAAAUCUAAAUAAAGAGGUACACUUCUCCUGACAUCAAAUUGUAUUUUUGGCUUUAGAUCAGU